GUGCUGUUUAUAUGAGCAAUCAGCUCUCCAGAGCUCAUUCACUCAGUCAGCUUCUGUUUGCAGAGACAGAGAGGACAUCUGUGCACUUCGACUCACACAUAGCUCAGACAUGCCUUCAGUGGGACUGGAGAUACUUGGAGUGACUCUGGCUGUCCUGGGAUGGAUCUCAGCCAUCGUAUCCUGUGCCUUGCCCAUGUGGAGAGUGUCAGCUUUCAUUGGGAUGAACAUAGUCACAGCCCAGAUAACCUGGGAGGGCAUUUGGAUGAACUGCGUGGUCCAGAGCACAGGUCAGAUGCAGUGUAAAAUCCAUGACUCCAUGUUGGCUCUAAGCGCCGACCUUCAGGCAGCCCGUGCUCUCACCAUCAUCUCCAUCGUGGUGGGCGUUGUGGGAGUCCUGGUGGCCAUCAUGGGGGCAAAAUGCACCAACUGUGUGGACGAAGAGACGGCAAAGGCUCGGGUGAUGAUAGCUGCUGGGGCAGCCUUCAUCUUGGCUUCUCUGACCCAGCUGAUUCCUGUGUCAUGGUCUGCCCAUUCCAUCAUCAUGGAGUUCUACAAUCCAGUCAUACCUGAGGCACAGAAGAGGGAGAUAGGUGCAGCUCUGUACCUGGGCUGGGCUGCAGCCGCAUUCCUGCUCAGCGGAGGGUGCAUCCUCUGCUCCAGUUGCCCCCAGCAACCUGAGAAAAAGUAUGGGCCUCCUUCAAAGAUCAUGUACUCGCAAACCAGGUCAGUCGCUCCAAGCGGCUAUGACAGGAGAGACUACGUCUGAACUCACACCUGCCCUUUUCUCACACUCCUUGCCCUCAUGGAAAAGACUGCUCAACACACUCGGAGAGGACAUUCAUUUUUUUUAAUAACGGAUACACAUCUGUCCUCACGUUGAGAUGAUAUUCAUGUUGCCAUACAUGUAAAUGCCCUUUGUUUGCAUUUGUUUUGCCCUUGUUUUCCAUUGUGUUUGUCACUGUUGGGAGCACUGAGUGGUGUGCCCUUCAUUUUAUUCUUUACAACAUUAAUUCUACACGUUGUUACCCAGAUUCAGAGAACAGGUGAUUCUGCAGUUGUAUUUUUUACUGUAUUGACUGAGCAUGUUUUAUAAAAAACCUUUACAUUUGAUCAGAAAGUCUGAGGCAGUCACGCGUCAUGUGAAGCCACAUAAUGCAUUUUUUUUUGGUUACCUUCACAUUUUGUGAAUCAGUUCAUCUGAAACUUUUUACUGUUUGACACAUUUUUUCAU